AUGGCGCUCAGGGCCCCCGAGACCCCCGAGGAUGGGGACCCAGAGGAGGACACGGCCACGGCCCUCCAACGGCUGGUCGAGCUGACGGCCACCAGGGUGACCCCAGUGAGGAGUCUUCGAGUCCAGUAUCGCCUCAUCAGAAGGCUGGGCUCUGGCUCCUAUGGCCGCGUGCUCCUGGCCCGGCCUUGCCAAGGGGGUCCAGCAGUGGCUCUGAAGCUCCUUCGCCGGGACACAGUCCUGAGAACCACCUUCCUGAGGGAGUUCUGCGUGGGCCGCUGCGUCUCCUCACAUCCAGGCCUGCUGCAGACCCUGGAAGAUCCCCUGCAGACACCCCGGUAUUUUGCCUUCGCCCAGGAGUAUGCGCCCUGUGGGGACCUCAGCGGCAUACUACAGGAAAGGGGCCUCCCGGAGCUGCUAGUGAAGCGGGUGGUGGCCCAGCUGGCAGGAGCUCUGGACUUCCUCCAUAGCCGGGGCCUGGUCCACGCAGAUGUCAAGCCGGACAAUGUGCUGGUCUUCGACCCUGUGUGCAGCCGUGUGGCUCUUGGUGACCUAGGUCUGACCCGGCCAGAGGGCAGCCCAGUCCCUGCCCCACCCACACCACUGCCCACUGCCCCGCCCGAGCUCUGCCUCCUACUACCCCCUGACACUCUGCCCCUGCGGCCAGUCGUGGACUCCUGGGGCCUGGGGGUGCUUCUCUUCUGUGCUGCCACUGCCUGUUUCCCUUGGGACAUGGCACUGGCCCCCGACCCCGAGUUUGAGGCCUUCGCUGGCUGGAUGACCACCAGGCCCCAGCCACCUCGGCCACCAGCACCCUGGGACCGGUUUGCAUCCCCUGCCCUGGUCUUGCUGCAGGGGCUUCUGGACCUGGAUCCCGAGACCAGGAGCCCCCCACUGACUGUCCUGGACUUCUUAGGGGAUGACUGGGGUUUGGAGGGGAACAGAGAGGGACCCGGUGCCUUGGGGAGUGUGUCCUACGAGAAUGGAGAGGAGGAAGAGGGGGAGCAAGGAGGAUCAAGCUUGGAGGAGUGGACAGAUGAUGAGGAUGACAACAAAGGUGAUAGGAAGACAGGGACAGAUGGGGGAGUUUCCUGACCAGGUGACUGAGACAGGUGGCCUGAGCCUGGGCCAAAGGCCCUUCCCCCAGCCCCUGUGGCCACCUGGAUGGGGAGACAGCUGCAGCCGAGAAGACGGAGAGGGGAUGCCUCUCCCUGCUGGAGUCUGGGCCUGGACGUGAGAUUCCCCUUCCAAGGGAGGACCGAGAGUCCCAGCCCC